UCUACCUGUCCUAGUGAAAUCCCUAAAUUUGUUGACAUUAUGAAAAAUGAGUUUGAAAUGAGUAUGAUUGGAGAUUUAAGUUUCUUUCUAGGAUUACAGAUUCGUCAGUUAGAUAAUGGUAUUUUCCUUUCCCAGAGCAAGUAUGCUCUAAACAUGUUGAAAAAAUUUGGGCUGGACAAUUCUAAACAUGCUAAGACACCCAUAGGUACCUCAACAAAGCUCUCCCGUGAUGGAUCUGGGAAACCUGUUGAUCCAACUCUGUUCCGUAGUAUGAUAGUCCCAAGUUUCUUCAAGUAACAUGGCCGAGGCUCUUCCCGUCUCUUCGUCUGGUCCUCCAGCUCAGUCGUCUGUGUCUCAGCCUCCGUUAGUCUCUUCCUCGCCAGGUAUUCCCUCUUCACCUUCCCUUGCUCCUUCUAGUUCGUUCCGUGGGACUCGGGUAAAGUCUGUUGCCCACAAGAAAAAAUCCUCUCGUCUGUCCGCUCAGGCUCCUAGACGGGUUACUCGCGCCUCCAUUAAUCUUGCUGGGUCUUCCUCUUCACCCCCUCAGCCCACUUCUGACCAUGUACCUUCUCCUCCUCCUCGUAAGAAGUCUAAGGUUUCUAGUGGUCAUCCUUCAGGACUUCCGCAUUCCAAAUCAUCCUCGGCUGGUGGUGAGUCUGAUCCUAACUCUGCCUAUUUUUUUGUCAGUCGUUUUGCUGAAAAGAGGUUUAAAGAUUUUGUGUCAUUUCGUCGUUUGCAUGUUGAAAAUUCUGUUGCGUUAGAAGAUUUCCCUAGGCUUCUUGCACUUCUCGAGUCUCGUCAUUGGGUUAACACUGUCUCUGGUCUUGUCAUGCCUUCCCAAAAUCUGGUCCGGGAAUUUUAUUCUAAUAUUGAAAAAUCUUUGCUUGAUGCUCAACAUCCCAAUCGGUUUACUGUAUUUUGUAGGGGUAAGCGUAUUUCUUUUGCUCCAUCCACUAUUAGGGCUUUACUGAAUAUACCUUUGGUUACUGAUGCUAUCUAUAAUGCUGAGUAUGCUCCUGAUUUAAACCUAGUGGGUCGUGAGUUGACAGGUCAAUCAGAUUUUUGCUGGAAUGAGGUUUCUAUUGAUUUUCCUACUCCAUCUUUAACUAGCUUCUAUUGUGUUUUGCAUAAGGUUGCUCUAACAAAUUGGAUUCCGAAUUCUCAUACUUCUACAGUCACUGCUGAUAUUGGGCGUUUUCUUUAUGCUGUGGCCACUGGUGUUUCCAUAGAUUUGUCUGUGCUUAUCUUUGACAGGGUGUAUCAAGCUUUUCUGACCAAGAGUCGUCGGUUGUUUCUUCCUUAUCCCUGCUUGGUUCACAAGGUUACAUUGGCUUCUCAUCCUAAGUUUACCUCACAAGAUGUUUUCUUACCUCUUCCGGUUCUUGAUAAGUCGUUUCAGCCUCUGUCCUCAAAGCCUGUUCCUCCUCCACAGCCUCUGAAAUAUCCUCUUUUGAAGGGUUUACCUCCUGCCUCUUGGAAAUACAAGUUGUUUGAAAUGCUUUACUCUCAGCAAUCACAGUUAGACAGUCUUCAGAGUUCUUUGCUGCAAUCUCAACAGCGUUCCAAGGCAUUUGAACGCAGAGUUUUGGCUCAAUUGGCUGGUCUUCGACAGGUUGUUCAGACUCUUUCUCCUUCUGUUGUUCAGGGGGUUGGUUCAGUGCCUCAGUCUGCUCAUUCUCCGGCUAAUUCCCAGGGGGAGUUGUCUCCUACUGCAUCUGAUAAGGCUCCGGGUCCUGUCCAGGGGGAGUUUGCUCCUGCUUCUGCUGGUCCUUCUGUCUCUGUUCCUGCUCAAUCCUCGUCUCCUCCGCGAAAGCUUAUGCGUGGCAGACUUCGUCGGUCGGCUCGUUUAUGA